ACGGCUAGUGGGGACAUUUUAAAUUAGCAAACUGUGCUAAAGCGGUCGGAAAGUCGAGAACCCGUAGCGGUUAUUCCGUAAAAAAAUCGGGUUAGCUCCAGGUUUCCCUCACGAGUAUGGUCUGCGAGCCCGAGACGUCCCACAGAACACACACAUGAGGACAGAUUCGAGUCAGGUCAACCGCCCCUGUUUAUCACCAAUCAACUGCCACUUUAGAGACUCCGCCCCUGGCCCCGCCCUCCAGAGAUGACUGAUGCCCAGAAGGUCAACGAGCUCCCCGAGUGCCCCACAGAGGGCGGGGCCACGACAGAGGAGCAGGACAUGCCCCUGAGACAAGAAACCACGCCCACUAGCUCGCCGGCGUGCGAGGAGCCAAUCAGCUCGCAGAGCCCUGACAAACAGCCCGCCCCCGGCCUGCUCUCAAUGCCGUGCUUACUAAAGGAGCUUCACAGAGACUCCGCCCCCGGGCAGCCGCAGGAAACGGCCCCGCCCCCCGCCGCCGCGGCGCAGGAAGACAGCGAUUCCUCCGUCUGCCUGCGGUCGCCUUCCUCCUCCGGUCACCUGGGAGACUCGGACACGCUCUCGUCGGCGGAGGAAGCGCCGGCGCCCAUUCAGACGGCGGGCAGGAAGUCGCGCCGCUCGCAUUCUGAGAGCGACACGUCCUCGGUGGCGAUGGCGGCCAAGAAGAACCGCUGCCAGGAGAAGCAGGCGAACGGACGCGUGCGUGUCCGAGGCCCACGCAGCCAGCAGCAGAAGCAGCGCAUGAGACAGCUGCGGCAGAAACGCGAGGCGGCGGCGAGACGCAAACCCGACGUGCUCCAGGACAGCAGCACCAGCGACAGCGACAUCACGGCCCACUCGUCCUCGUCCUCGCCGCUGACCGCGUCGUCCGACAACGAGGGAGAGACGAUCAACUCUCACGCACCAGCUGGCCAUCGCCGAGCCGACGCUUCUGGAGCAUCAGCGCGUGGGCGGGGCCAACUCGACAUGGGCGUGGCCAGCGGGACCCUGGGCGGAGUCUUGGAGGAAGCUCUUACGCGAUUCGCCGCGAUGCAGAGACAGACCGAGGAGCGCUUUCGCGUGUGGAUGGACAGACUGACCCGCCUGCAUUCGGACGAUGACCUUUCGUCCAGCGAAAAUCAAGAGGGGCGGAGCCACGUUAGCUCCUUCCUGCCGUCGUCGGAGUCGCAGGAAACGCUGGCGGCCUAUCAGAUGGCUCGCCUCAGCGCCAUCACGGUUCCCCGCCUCAGACUGCUGGCGUCAACGGAAGCGCAGAGCCGCCCGAACCAAACGUUUAAGGAGCGUUAACGCAACACGACUGUGCCGACUCGAUUCGACCGCUGAAGUGGAGGCUUAGGACAGUGCACAAACUUUCUCUUUAUCUCUUACUCAGUUCAUCUUCAUUACGGCUUCCACAUCUGUCUCUUUCUCUGUAUUAAAGGAUCCGCUUUCCUACAAAUUGGACAUUUACUCAUCCUCAUGCCUUUCUGAACACACUGGGCGUUCUCGCAUGCAACACAAAACGCUCGUUUCUGGUAACGUUCUUGCUGAUUUGAUGAAAGUGAACCCGUCAAGCUGUUAUUUUUCUAUAAUACUAUUCUUCUAUCUGAUAGUAUUAUAGGUUUUAUGCAUUGGGUCAGGUUUUAAUAUUUUACUUUGGUCACCUUUAGUAGUUUUGUUUACAUAAGCACAAGUUUACACUUAUUACGCUUACACGCUUUUUUAUUGUUCGGUUUUAUAAUAUUGUUUUAGUAAACGAUUCGAAAAGCAAAAUGUUUAACUCUCAUUUGAGCUGUUUUAGUUUUUGUUACUUAAUGUAGUACUUACAAUAAAACACAACAUUUUCAGCACAUUAAUCCAAAAUAAAACCACAUUAAAUUGGUGGUUUUACGUAACGAAAAAUGAUGAAUUGCUCUAGAAAUGCUACAAAAAAAAAAUAUUAUUUUGAAUUAAUUGAAUUGUAUACAAAUCUAAAAAAAAUAUAUUGAAUGAAGAUGUUGACUGAUACCGCGUGACAGACCCAGUCGAAGAUUUGGCAUGUAGUAUAAUAUAAUUUGGGUUUGGAACAGCAUGAGGAUGCAUAAAUAAAGACGGAAACUUGUUAAAGCAUUUCUUUAACUUCAUCUGUCUUUCCUUUAUUAACAUUUUGCGUUGUUUUAUACGGGCAUCUCAGGGCCGCCCUCCACACUCAGUGCCUUCUUGAUCUCAUUUCUUUGGGAGAGCCAGCUUCUUCCACUCACCUGGAGAUGAAUCAUUUAAAAGAAUCAUUUGUCUUGCCUGUAGACCCGUGUCGUGACCUUAUUUCCACCAGAGACUUGUGAAGUUUCGCAUCGACUGCCGUGUGUCUUUUUGUUUUCAUCUGGGCCGGCAUGUCUACCAAAGAUCUCUCGUUUGCGUCGUGGAUCGGUUUAGGUUCUUAUUUAAUCACUUCUUCCAAAGCGGAAUAUGCAUGAUAUGAGCUGACAAGCGAGAGCUGUGACGUAACGACAGCCUGUACAUAGGACUUUACGCUGAAUACUAACUUCACGUCAAACGCCGAUAGAAGCGGUCCGUGAUGCACACGCAAUAAACUUCUAGAGAUACUGAUCACUGUUUUGGCUGUUGAAGGGUGCUUUCCGUUUAAACACGUCAGAGUCGUAUUUUACCCCAAAGCUUGUGUUCACGUAAAAACAGCGUUCGGAUAUAUUAGCUUUCAAAUACACUAUUUUAUUGACCGUUAAGAAGAUGCACCUUACUGUAAUGCCUCUGGUUGGUUUUACUACGAGUUGGUGCGCGUUUUAUUUUAAAUAAAAAACAAAACAAAACCUAAUUAAAUGCAGCACAGCAAAUGCUCGUUUAUAUAAAUAGUUUACUUUGAAUAUUAAAAUAGACGAGAAAUUUCACGUUACUGCAGUGAGUAUUAUUUAAAAUCUUUUUUUUUUUUUUUUUUUUUUUUUUUAGCAAAUUCUUCUUAAUUGCUAACGUCACAAUUUCAUAAUUCUUCAUGUGCAUAUAAAUAGGCUUAAUUGUGUUGCCAAACAUAAUUUCAUGUCGUUUCUGUUUGAUUUUAGGGUGAAAUAUGAGCUGGCCAGAUUUCAUGAGAUUCUCCCGUCAUGUGCUUCCUUCCACACACACACACACACACACACACACACACACACACACACACACACACUCAUAGUCCAGGUUUACUGUAGUUACGGACUUGAAAGCUGUUUACUGUACUGCUUUACUGUAUAGAGUGUCUGAAGGAGAUUGUUUACGUUUUUAUGUCUUUUUGUGUAAUAAUAAUAAUAAUAAGCAGGCUGCCUAAGUUUAGUGUCAUAAUGUUUUAGAUGGAGGACAGAAUUUCCUUCCUUAGAAACCAAGAAAUGAGUGAACAGAGAUAGACGUCUUUUUCUUUGUUCCCAGUAUGUUUUCUUUAUUUUUAAUGUCUCAUACUACUGCCUCACCGAACGUAAAGGUGUGCCAGGCGACGUUCAGUUGUGUUUUCAUGUCUAUGUAACACAUUAUUGACGUGUGAUAUCUGCUCUGUCGUUAGCUGGUAAAUAAAUAUACAAGUAUUUUACCAGCA